AUGGCCCCAAGAAUAAGAAGGGGAGGCCCUUUGGCUCUGGCACCACCAGUGCCACCAGAAAAGCCAACAGGGAACACCUGCAGUGGGAUCGCUUGGCUGGGGAAAACCCAAGUGAUCCCCAGGUGGGUGAGGCACCUGGAGCAGCUGGAAAGUGCCCAGAAGAAGUGCCAAGCCAGGCUGCAGGCAGAGCUUGGAAAAGCUCUGGAGAGGCAGCAGGAGAAAGACAUCUUGGCAGCUGAGGCUGCCAAGAAGAAGAGGAGCCACUCUGUGGCUGGUGGCUGCAAAAGCAGGGGGAAAGAUGGCACAGCCAGGAAGGCCAUCUUGACCCCUGCUGAGCCUUUGGAAAAGGGCUCUGCAGCCUCGUCCUCCUCCUGCAAGCUUCAGGGUUUGGAAAAGCCCAGCAAGAAGAAGGAUUUGGGAAAGUCCAAGGGUUUGGAAAAUUUGGAAAAGCCCAGCUCCAAGGAAGAGCCCAAGACCACCACUGGCUUGGAAAAGCCUGGCUUGGAAAAGCCACUGGUCAUUGUGGACUGGCAUCAGACCCUGGAGAACAAUGAUGCCAUCUCAGACAGGGAUCUGCAUGCCUUGGAGCUUCUGGCCUCAAGAUGCAGGGUGUGCAUCUUGAGCUAUGUGGCAUCUGACACAAGGGCAGAAAAGGUGAUGGAAGACAUCCACACCUUGGUGCCCUUCCAUGAGCAGCUUUUUGGAAAAGAAGUCUGCUGUGCCCAAGUUGGGCACAGGGGCAAAUGCCACAUUGCCUGUGAGAUGGAUGCCAUGGCAAUUUUUGAUGACAAUCGAAAAAUUUGCCAGGAAUGCAUGCAAUGGGGGUUGGAUGUGUACCCCAUCAGAACCCAGAACCAGCCCCACAAGUGGAUUCUGGCUGAGGACAGUUUUGGCACUUUUGCUGAAGCUGUGGACAAGUUCUUCAGCAUGAAGGCAAAGGGUUUGGAAAAGCCUAAGGGCUUGGAAAAGCCAAAGAAAGUUAUGAAGAAACCAAAGGCUUCCUCCAGCAAGCCUGGAAAGGCUAAUAGGCCUGGAAAGGCUAAGAGGCCUGGAAAGGCUAGCAAGCUCAGCAAGGCCAGCUUGGAAAAGUUAGGCCAGAUGAGCUUGAAAGACAAGAUGAAGGCAGCAGCUGAAGGGGCUGAGGACCCAAAUGAAGCUGCCAUUGUCUUGCAUGACAGCAUGUCAAAGCUGGAGAAGUCAAAGGCUUGGAGCAAACACCAGACUGCUCUGAAGCAUGGCUCCAAGCAGGAGCAGGCAGCUUACAAUGACUUGUCCAAGAAAGACAAAGGCAUUGCAGCUGUAGCCUAUCUCUUGGAAAAGGAAGGCAAACAAUACAUGACAGCCUUGAAAAAGGCGUCUGUGGGAGAAAAGGUCACCAAGGCUGACAACUGGGAGACAGAGCUGCAGAUGCUGGCCAAGUUCACACCGGAGGAACUUGACCUGCAUCUGCAAUCUGGAAGAGUUGUCUGGAGAGAGUGCCCUUCCACAUGGGGUGCUUAUGAAUAUAAGGACACCCAGUGCUUCCAAAGGGAGAUCUCCACCAACAGGGCCAAGGAAUGGCAGAGUGGGGUGGAGUAUGAUCCAAUGGAAGAGGACUUGGAAAAGUUCAUGGAUCUCUUCACCAAAGAAUGCCAUUCCUUGGAGGACACUCCUGAUGACAAGCUGGAUACCUUGGAAAAGGUACUGAAAGCUUGCAAGACAGCCAGGAACAUGGUUGCAUCCACACAGUCAGGCUUGGAAGUGGCUUUGGAAAAGGCUAAGUCCAAGCUGAACAAGGCUGGCAGAGCAUCUGCAGAGACUGCUCUCAAGAAGCUUGGAAAAGCUCUUGGUGACCUGAAAGCCAUGUUGUCUGGAAAGAACAACAAAGAUUCUGCUUCCAUCAAGAAGAAGCUGAUGGGUGUGGCCAAAAUUGUCAAGGAAGCCAAAGAUGAGACCAAAGAGCUCAAGAGUGUUGGUGGCAAAGCACAGUCCACAGCUGGAAGCAGGAGAGGCCAUUGGUUUUGGAAAAGGUCAGUGCCAAAAGCAUCCUUGGACAUCAAAGCUGGAGAAGCCAAGCACCUCCUGCCAGCAGUUGUGCCAGUCUUGGAAAAGCUCUUUGGCCCAAGCAUGCAUGUGAGGGAAGAAGAAAGAAAAAUGAUCUCUGCAGCCAAGAGCUUGGAAAAGCUGGUGGCUCUGUGGGAUGAAGCAGAGACAUUUUUAACUCCUUCGCAAUUUGCUCAAAGCAUGGCUCUUGGAAAAGAGUUUUUGCUAUCUUACAAAUGGCUGAAUUCUUGGUCCUUGGAAAAGGAUAGGAAUUCUUUUGCCAUUGUUAUAAAACACCACACUUUCAUACAUUUACUUCUCAAUAGUAAAUAUAUGAACCCCAGGCGACGGUGGUGCUUCAGAGGGGAAGAUUUUGUGGGACAUGUGAGCAAGAUGGCUCACUCCAUCAGCUUUGGUGUAUCUUCAACCAAGAUCAGCACCAAGCUUUGUCCCAAGUACCGCAUUUUCUUCCACCUCUUGAUGACAAGAGGCUUGGAAAAGCCUCUUUGGGUUGAAGAAGAUGACACCUUCUAG